AUGGUAACUUUACAGAUCUCGGACAGAAUCAUCGCCGCGACAGGUGGAGGCGGUGGUCUGACGCUCUGCAAUGCGGAGUUUCUUGCCAAGCUAGGCGCUCAUGUGUAUUGCCUCGACUACCAGAAAGAGCCCUCAGUCGAAUGGCUGCACACCCAAGCUCGAGUUGCAGAUUCUAAGACCGGCUCUCUUACCCACAUCCGACUCGAUACACGAAAUUACGAGGAGCAAGAAGCCGUCUUUGCCCAGAUCGCGGACAAGCACAAUGGCAUCCAUGGUCUCAUCGCAGGAGCUGGUGUCAACUUCGUUAAGCCUGCUCUUGAUUAUCCUCCCGAGCAAGUCGAUCGCGUCAUGGACAUCAACUUUAAAGGCGUGUUUUACUCUGCCCGAGCCUGUGCAAGACAGAUGAUCAAGUACAGAACGCCCGGCAGCAUCGUCCUGAUUGCAUCCAUGAGCGCACGGGUGGCCAAUAGAGGGCUGCUGUGUAGUGUCUACAAUGCAUCGAAAGCAGCUGUCGACCAACUAGCAAGGAGCCUCGCGGCGGAGUGGUCGCAGAUUGUUGAUGGAAAGCCGAUUCGAGUGAACAGUCUUUGCCCUGGGAACAUUGUCACACCGAUGGUUUUGAAAAACUUCGCGGACGAGCCACAUCUCAAAGCACAAUGGGAGGACCAAAACAUGCUGAAACGCUUGUCAGAAAGUUCUGAAUACACGGGAGCCGUGUUGUACUUGUUGUCCGAUGCUUCAUCGUUCAAAACUGGUGCCUCGGAGAUUGUGGAUGGUGGGUACACUGCAUGGUAG